GCUUAUCAUCUCCUUAUGUCAGGGGACACAGCUGGAGAUUCCCACAAUGUGGACGACAGAUGCACUACAAAAGAGGCAUACCAAGUGACACACACUUGUGCUGCUACUGGCGAGGAACUGAUUGGAACCAUGAGGACACUCCUGCUUGUAUCACAGGCUUUGCUUCUGCUUAGUCUGACUGCAGGUGCUCAGAGCCAGCAAUGCACUUGCAUCACCAUAACGAGUGAAGGAAGUGGCACUUACACGGCUAAGUUUUCCGCAGCAGCCUCAACCUCAUUCACUGGACUUACUGUUGAGCUUAAAUUUGAUAAUGCAGUCGAUUACCUUGAGUUUGACAGUGGAGCUACAGAGAAGGUGGACAACUACAACUUUAAGCUGCAGUCUCCAGGGUGGGAAGCUGAACCAGGAUGGCUGGUGGAAUUCACUAUCACACCUCAUUUUCAAGGCAGCAAACCCAUUGCGGAUGGGGCACUCAUGAAUGGAGAAGAUGUUUGUGGUGGUGCAGGCCCCAAUGACUGCCCAUCAACUGGUAUGGGUCCUUAUGACUAUAAACAGGCGCUGUGUAUGUCUUACCUGUUUUACGAAGCUCAGCGAUCUGGGCCACUUCCUGGAGACCAAAGGGUGACCUGGAGGAAGGACUCCGCCUUGGGAGAUGGUUCAGAUGUCGGACAUGACCUUACCGGAGGAUACUAUGACGCUGGUGAUUUCGUGAAGUUCGGCUUCCCAAUGGCCUUCACAGCCACAUUCCUUGCCUGGGGUUUGAUUGACUUUUAUGAUGGGCAGAAGGCUGCUGGGCAACUGGAGUAUGGUCGAGCUGCUGUCAAAUGGGCAACAGACUACUUCCUUAAAGCACACACCAAUCACUUUGAACUGUAUGGCCAGGUUGGUGAUGGUUAUGCUGAUCACGCUUAUUGGGGGAGACCAGAGGAGAUGACAAUGUCCAGACCAUCAUUUAAAAUCACCUCCAGUGCCCCAGGAUCAGACUUAGCUGGUGAAACAGCAGCUGCUCUGGCUGCAGCAUCAAUUGUUUUUAAGGACGUCGAUUCUGGUUAUUCAAGCAAGUGCCUGGAAGCAGCGAAGGACCUGUACGACUUUGCAGACCAGUACCGCCAGACCUACGAUACUUCCAUUCCUCAGGCUGCAGAUUUUUAUAAGUCAUGGAGUGGUUACGGUGACGAGUUGUGCUGGUCAGCACUUUGGUUGUUCAGAGCUACUGGGGAAAGCAGGUACCUCCAGAAAGCUCGAGGACACUGGGACGAGUUUUCCCUUCAGUAUGGCGCUCAAGGAUUUAACUGGGAUGAUAAAAAAGCCGGUGUUUAUGCUCUCUACACAAUGAUGGAUUCAGAUUCCUUGUUCCGUGACACCUUCAGUCAGUUCUUGAGUUGGCUGAGGAAUGAUGCCAAGUACACCCCUGGCGGACUGAUCUACAUCGACCAGUGGGGUACUAACCGUCACGCAGCGAAUGUUGCCUUCCUCGGCCUUCUGGGAGCUAAAUUGGGUAUUGAUGCUGAUGCAAACAGAGCAUUUGGAGAGAACCAAAUAAACUACAUUCUAGGUUCCAAUGGGCGUUCGUUCGUUGUAGGAUUUGGCAACAACCCACCACAAAGACCACACCAUCGCUCCAGCUCAUGUCCUGAUAUGCCCCAGACUUGCGAUUAUAGUGCGUUUGAUAAUCCUGGUCCUAAUCCUCAAGUCCUUUACGGUGCCGUUGUUGGAGGACCAGAUGAGAAUGAUGGUUAUAAUGAUGACCGUGGCGAUUACGUUCACAAUGAAGUUGCCUGUGACUAUAAUGCUGGUUUCACGGCAGCUCUUGGUGCCAUGAUAGAAAACCACUAGAGGAAUUACUAACUUCCACAAGAUCCAUUGGAACAGUCUUCUCUACAGAUUUGGCGGGUGAUGGCAUGGUAGAAUGACCAGGCAGCAACAGCUGAGGCUGUUUUGCGUUUCCUGCAACAGUAACUCCAUCGGUGCUGGAAACAGUGAGGAACAUCUGAAGAACACCCAUCAGCGACGCAUGUUCACGAGUUAGUUCCAUUUCAAUGUAGAUCUGUGUAAACAAAAAAGCCUUUCAACUCUACUGCCUGCAUGCACUGUUCCAAAAAAAGAAAGCUAUCCAGGAGAUGGUUCUUUGUGCAAUUCUAACUUCUGUAUUUUGAAACUAAAUUACAUAACUACUGCCAAAGA